AAAAAGCCUUCCAAUCCCUCACACAAAAGAAGAGAUAACAUAGUAAGAGGAAGGAAGCGCACUCCCAAAGAGGGCAAAACACACAGCACUUCACCCUCAUAAUCAUUUCAACCCCCCCAAACAAAAGAAAAAGCUAAAGAAGAAGAAAAAAGCAAAGAGAGAGAAAGAGGCCUUGAAGAAAGAGCUUGAGGAGGAGGAAGAAGAAAAAGAACAAGAUAAGGGGUUUCUGUGUGUGUUUGUUGGAGGAGAAGAAGAUGCAAGGAGUGGAGCAACAGAACAAUAACCAGCAGCUGGUGGUGCAGAACUCGGGGAGCCUGAGCUUCAGCAGCCAGCUGUCAAAGGAAGAUGAAGAGAUGUCCAGGUCGGCACUCUCCACCUUCAGAGCCAAGGAGGAAGAGAUUGAGAGGAAGAAGAUGGAGGUCCGAGAGAAGGUCCAGCUCCAGCUCGGUCGCGUCGAGGAAGAAACCAAACGCCUUGCCACCAUUCGCGAGGAGCUUGAAGCGCUGGCAGAUCCAAUGAGGAAGGAGGUUGCACUUGUCCGGAAAAAGAUUGAUUCCGUAAACAAAGAAUUAAAACCACUAGGCCAUACCUGCCAGAAGAAGGAAAGAGAAUACAAAGAAGCACUUGAGGCUUUUAAUGAAAAGAACAGGGAAAAAGUACAGCUAAUCACCAAGUUAAUGGAGCUUGACCAGCUGGUGAGUGAAAGUGAAAGAUUGAGGAUGAAAAAGCUGGAGGAGCUGAGUAAGAACAUAGAUUCCAUGCAAUGAUCUAGCCAAACUGCUAAUGACUCUGAUGAUGAUGAUUAGGCUUGUGUGGUAUAUUUUAAAAAGGAAAAAAAAGUGACAUAGUAUAUUUUAUAUAAUGUAUCGGGUGUUUUUGUGCUUGUGUAAUUUUGUUGUGUUUAAAUGUUUGUUUUAACUUGCAUUUGGUGGGACAUUAUAGCUAAUUUAGGAGGGUUAUACCCUAUAAACAGGCUUGUAACUAAAAUACUUGCAAUUUGUUGUCAUUUUUUUACCCUUUUAAUUUCAUUUUCCUCUGCUUUGUUCUCCUUA